AGGACAGCCCUGCCUAGCACAGCCCUGCCCCGUUCAGUCGACUCCGACCGGCGCAGCCCAGCUAAGACUAGAGCGGUCCAGCGCUGCCCAGCCGGCCGGAGGUGGCAGUGGCUACGGCAGUGAGCGCUGCCCAGUAUUACCCGCUGCGGUGAUCCCGCGACUCCCGGAGGAAUCGGACUCAGCGACGGACGGCACCCGCCCCGCACUCGGCCGCUUUUCGCGGGGAAUCGCCCGCGACAGCCGCCACACCGACACCAACACCGGCCGCCGCCGCCGCCGCGCCAUGGCGAUCGCAAGGCAAGUGCUUUGUGUCUGUGCUUUGCUGUCGCUGCCGCACGCUCGCGCCGAGCCCAUCCGCUACUCCGUGGCCGAGGAGGCGGAGAGCGGCUCCCUGGUAGGCAAGCUGGCGGAGGACGCGGGGCUGACGCCGGCGCAGCUCUCGGCUCGCCGCGCCCGCCUGGUGUGGGAGGACGGGCGGCAGCAUUUUCGCUUAGAGCGCGCCUCCGGCCGCCUCGUCGUGGCGGCCAGGCUGGACCGGGAGGAGCUGUGCGCCCAGGCCGCCCCCUGCAUGCUCCCCUUCGAGCUGCUGCUCUCCAACCCCCUGCAGUUCUUUCGGGUCGAGGUGGCUCUGCAAGACAUCAAUGACCACUCACCCGUGUUCCCCAAGGAACGAGUCACUUUCAAGAUUCCAGAAACGAGUGAAUCGGGCUCUCGUUUCCCGCUGGAGGAGGCUCGAGACCCCGAUAUUGGCAGCAACAGCAUCCAGGCAUACAGCAUCUCUCCCAAGAACAAGUAUUUCAGUGUCUCCUAUGGGACUCGGAUUACAGGCAAGAAGUAUCUGGAACUGGUCUUGGAAGAGCCCCUAGACAGAGAGGAGCAGGCAGAGAUGAGUUUUAGUGUAAUUGCUGAAGAUGGGGGCUCUCCUCCCAGGAGUGGGACCGCCAUCAUCGAUGUUAUUGUUCUCGAUGUAAAUGACAAUGCUCCCACCUUCACACAGGAGGAGUACGUUGGACAGGUUUUGGAGAACAUGCCAGAAGGUUCUGUGGUUCUGACUGUGCUGGCAACUGAUCCAGAUGCAGGAGUUAAUGGGAAUAUUUCCUAUCAGCUAAGCCAAGCAGGGGGACAGAGUGACUCAGCAUUUCUGAUUGAUCCCCUAACUGGUGAAAUUAAACUCACAAAACCUCUGGACUUUGAGGCAGCACAGACUCACAUGAUCACUGUAAUAGCCACAGAUGGAGGGGGCCUCUCAGCAAUCUGCAAAGUGUUGGUGGAGGUGGUGGAUGUGAAUGACAAUGCCCCAGAGCUGGUGGUCAGUUCCUUCAGCAGUCCCCUCCCCGAGAACACAGCGCCGGGCACAGUGGUGGCCCUGUUUUCCGUCAGGGACCGGGAUUCUGGUGCCAACGGCAAGAUCUCCUGUGCCCUGGAGGAUCAGAUCUUCUUCUCCCUGCGGCCGGCCUAUAAGAAUUACUAUGAGCUGGUGACAGUGAGCGCGCUGGACCGCGAGGAGACGGCUCAGCACGUGCUGAGGGUCACAGCAGCAGAUGCGGGCUCGCCUGCUCUCACAAGCACGCACACCUUCAGCGUGGACAUCUCGGAUGUCAACGACAACGCGCCCGUCUUCAACCAGACCUCGUACACCAUGUAUGUGCGUGAGAACAAUGUCCCCACAGCGUUUGUGGGAGCCGUCAGUGCCGCCGAUGCGGACGAGGGGCUCAAUGCCAAGGUGACCUAUUCCCUGGCGCCAGCGCAAGCGGCAGAGCGGCCCUGGUGCUCCUGCAUCUCGGUGGACUCGGAGAAGGGACACGUGUUUGUGCUGCGGCCCCUGGACUACGAGCGCUUGAGGCAGGCCGAGGUGACGGUCAGUGCCUCUGACGCGGGCUCUCCUCCCCUCAGAGCCAACGUCACCGUCCGCCUGCUGGUGCUGGACCAGAAUGACAAUGCGCCGCUCGUGCUGUACCCAGGCCAGGACGGCAGCCCGGUGCCCGCCGAGCUGGUGCCCGUGUCGGCCGAGGCGGGCUACCUCAUCACCAAAGUGGUGGCCGUCGAUGCCGACUCAGGACAGAACUCGUGGCUCUCCUACCACCUGCUGAGGGCCACCGAGCCCGGGCUCUUCAGCGUGGCUCUGCAAAGCGGGGAGGUGCGUCUCAGGAGGCCCGUGACAGACAGAGACAGCGUGAAGCAGAAGCUCGUUGUCCUGGUCAGAGACAACGGCCAACCCCCGCUCUCAGCCACCGCAGCUCUCAGCGCCCUCCUGCUCAAGGACUUCUCUGACGUGCGCCUCCCGCACAGCAGCGCCGCCACAGAGGAUCAGGACGGCUCCCUCACCACCUAUUUAAUCAUUUCCUUGGUCUUUGUCUCGCUCCUCUUCCUCGUCUCCACCGCACUCUUUGUGGCUCGCAAGGUGUGCAAGAGAAAGGAGCUGGAGGCUGGCCCUGUGCUUUAUGGUGCCGACAACUUGCAGAGCGGCCUGGCCGAUGCAGCCGCUGCAGGGAGCCUGCCCCGCGCCUAUUGCUACGAGAUCAGCCUCACCACGGGCUCGGGCAACAGCGAGUUCAGAUUCCUCAAGCCCAUCGUCCCCAGCCUGCCCCCACAGCACUGUGCCACGGGCCAGGGCCCUGAUGAGGAGCAGGAUUUCCCCUGUGUCCCUGUGAGCCCAGAGGACAUGGCCCCAGACAAUCGUGGCACUCUCUCUGCAGGACAGUUCAAUGCUCUUUCCUUCAACUAGCUGGGGUGUGCACAGACAGAGCCUUCACGGCUCCUGGUAGAAGGGAAUCUCGGCUGUAACCUCUGACAAUGAUUCCUCCAGAGUAAAUCCAUAUUUCCAAUUGGCAUAACCGAAUUUGCCCAUAUUUCAAAUCAAAAAGGGUUCUCAUCAUCUCCAAAACUAAAAUAAAGGGAGUUAAAGAAAAUCACGCUCUCAGUCUUUCUGUAAUAUACUUUAGCUCUGCAAUGGUGAUUUCUGAUAGGGUUUAAGAAGGAGGUUAGCACUCCAGCUAUGCUCUUGUCUCUCUUGCUGUCCAACAAGACAGUGGAGCUUUUCUUCUGUCCUGUGACAUAAGGGCACAGUUGGUAGACAGAUCUCCUCUUUCAUAAAAUGUACAAAACCCCUUUUCAAGAUCAGAGAAGCAAAGAUAUUGAGAGUACAGUGUCACAGCGCUGUGUGAGGGCUUGUCUCAUUCUUCCCUGGGUUCUGGAUGUCUUUGUCUGAGGUGUGUGGUCUCUGUGGGCUUUGGUUUCCUGCCAGCCAAUAUAUCCACUGUCUGUCUGUGUAUGAUUCACUGGUGCUGCCUGGGAAAUGGUGGAGUUGCUCCCAUCCAACCUUUGCAAUGCAGGCAAUUUCAGUUCAGCUGGCAGGAAGAGUAUUCUGACCCUCUGAGUACAGGAGUCUGACCCUCUCCAGGGCAGAGAAGAGCAGUAAAAUGUAGAACAAAAUAUUCUGUUUGUCCUAUAAACCAGUGCUCAGUGUUCUGUCUCAUUGAAAUACAGAAAUAUAACAGCACAAAUGGUUUACUAUAACUGUACAAAGUUUUGAAAACAUAUUCAUUUCCUUUGAGUACAUUUCAUGAAAAUUCCCUAAGUCCUCCAGAGAGCAUUUUCUGACGGGUAGAAAUCAACUUGAAAUGGUAAAAAGGAAUUUGAUAUUGGUCUUACUGUUCCUUUAUAAAGUAGUUCCUUCCUGGGAGUAGAAAGCUGUCCCCACAUGAUUUUCUGUGUCCGUGUUAGAGCAUUUGCAUUCCCAUUUUUGCCCUUUCUCUUGCUACUCUCUGAAAUGACUUUGAUCAUUGUCUUUCAUUUUCUGCUUAAGGACUGCUACCCCACGUAUAAUAACUGAUUACUUGAAUGAUGUCUGUGAUGCACAGAAUAUUAAGAAAGCUCCAUGCUGUGUUUUGUUGAAGUUAUAAAGUUUAACACUAUAAACUUGGAUACCCUGAGUGUAAAACUGAAAUAAAGAGAACACCUGAAU